AUUCAUCUUCAUUCGCCUAGUCGAGCAUGAACACGAGUCUUUCAUCGCCUCCGAAGAGAUCGAGACGAUCUAAUGGAGGUGUAGUCCAUAGAGCACCGGAAUUUGAGCUCCCGCUCCACCUUGCUCUGGCGUAUUUGUUGGUCAGAGUCCAUCCCAUCAACUCGGAGGGAGCACCGAUUAAUAUCUAUUCGGCGGCGUUCAUCAGCUCCAUCCUUCAACUCGUUGCCAGGGAGAUCUAUGAGGUUGGGUACAUUGCCCGAACCUAUGAUAACCUCAAAGCAGAGGUCGACAGUCUCGUUGAGUCCGAAUGUGCCAGCAUAGCCAGAUUGAACGAAAAGGUCCGGAGUCGGGGUCAGCUCAUUGCGCAUGACAGAGCGGAUGCGGAGAACUUUGAGUCAUGGUUAGAGACCUUUGCCACACAAUUUGAGGACAUAGCGGAGGGAUGUGCUUUCCUCGAUAAUCUGGAGAAGGAUGUCCGAGUCAGGAUGAACGAAGAUGACGAGGAAGAUCUCACAGAGCUGCCCGAACCAAUCGAACGACGUUCGCCAUUUGGCCUAUUUCUUCGAGGCAUUCUUUUGACUCUUCGCAAACUCUCUUUCGACGAAACCUCUCAGCUUUCCGUCCAAGUCGGAGCUUGGUGCGGUGUAGCACCUGGACCGUCGAGAACAUCUUCUCAUCUCUGGUCUCUCAACCGCCGGGCAGCGAUGGAAGAGACUUCGGACAAGCGGUCGAACACUAUGCAGGAAUUCCAGAACGCUACAGAGAACGGAGACUAUGCCAAGGCUCUCACUUCGCUCAGACGAUUCUACGACUAUCAAUUCCCCGCAGCUGGAAAUAAGGGGCAGCACCAACAUGCGCUUCUCAACCUAGCGACUUUUCACUAUUCUCAGGGUGGUAUUUCUUCCGCCAAAGCGGCUAUCGAUGAAGCGAUUCGUGUGGCUCGAGCAGAAAAUGACAAGCCAUGCCUGAGGCAAUGCAUGAGUCUACGGUAUCGCCUGCAGGCGGAGACAAAUAGCGCUGCAUUUCUACCAGACGAGAGUCCGCGUAUUUAUCAGCAGCCUUUGGCUGAAGGCAAACUGCAAACUCCUGCAACGCCAUUCGUUGAUCUUUGGUCAAUCAAGACUGCGCUGGACAUGGCUGAGCCGGUACAUGUGGCCAUGCGGCGUAUCCACCUCACUCUUGCACGUCACGAAGAUCUCAUGGCCAAGUCCGAGGGGAAGAGAGAAGGGAAGCAAGGAAUCAAGCCGUACCGACCGUUCCCACUUGCGCCUUGGCAUGCAACACAAGCAGGACUGUGGAGCAUGAUAGGAUGUCAUGAUCUGGCAGAGCUUCAUGAAGACCUAGCUAUUAAGGAUGCUGCGGGCGACGCCGAUACUAGGUUAACAGUCUUGCUGUCGAGAGCCGAAAGGGCCGCGAGUUCCGGACGAUGUAUCGACGCCUUGGGCAUAUUGUUGGACUUCGACAGUCUCGAUCACAUGUCUCUUGCCAUGUACCAUCGCUGGGCGAGGAAAGUGUGGUCGACCCUGGAGUUGUGGGUGUCGCUCUCGGGCGAUGUUGAAGCCAUGGAUCUCUUGGUUGCCCUGAAGCCACCUGACGAGUUAUCUGUCCGACUUGGCCCUGGUGCGAACACUCGCGAGCUUGGUCAAUCCUUGGAACUGUCGGGUAUGAGCGACCCGAGUCUGAGAGGCGUUCCGCUGGCACACGAGGAGGUCCAAGCCAGUCUGCUGAAGGCAAGAAAAUUGAAGAAUGCAGACUUUCCGCCCCAUGUCCUUUUACCCCACGUCCUUUCCGCUGUACAUUUAUCGGCGGAACUUGGUUUGUGGCCACUGUACCGCAAGGGAAUCGUACAACUUGCGGAAGUCCUUUUGUGCAUCGAAGGACAGGGCAUGGCGGCUAGAGCCAUGGAAGAGGUUGAGGCGAUCUGGGAGCAGAUUCUCAAUGAAGGCAAUCAGGAGAAUACCUGCCGCGCCUUGUUGGUACUCGCCAAGGCCAAGCUCGAUGUCAACUCUGAAGACAGCUCUGCAGCAGAGGCCCACCUUCGUCAAGCUCUGCUUAUCGCAGGCGAUAUUUCUGCAAGAGAUCUCCGAUUACAAGCCCUCACAUUGCUCGCUAUUGUUGCGGAAAUGAGAGGACAGCCAGACGAGGAACUGUUGGCGGCAUGGGAACGCGAUGAUGUUCAGCGUCCGACAGAUGAGAUACGUAAGAUAGGAGAGAUUGUCAAAUUAGUCGGGGUGAGGGUGUCAGGUAAUUGGACCUGAAUGCGUAUACUUCAAGGCAAGGGAUGAGGACUCUUUCGUAGCUUUUCCGUCGUGUCAAAGCUCAGUACAGAUCUUACGAGACCUAUCGCUUCCUAUCGUUAUUUCUGUGUCUCAAAUCAGUAUGGUUCGCUCCUCGGUCCUGCAGAGACGGACGCGCUAGAAUCACCUAUUGCUUUGAUACUGAAAGGCGGAGGACACGCUAGACACACGCAUGAGUGUUUUGCCACAUUCAAUAGCGUCUGUUGAUGACAUGCUACAUGACGAUCACGAUGAG